CCAACGAGGCGAGUGGGUCCGCCGGUGGGCUAGAGUGGCGCGGCCGAGGCGGGGACCAAGCUGGUCAUGGAGGACGAGAGGAGCUUCUCGGAUAUCUGCGGCGGCCCCCUGACCCUGCAGCGCCGCUCCUACUCUCCGUACUGCCGGGAGUUCUGCCUCAGCUGCCCUCGGCUGUCGCUGCGCUCGCUCACCGCGGUCACCUGCACCGUGUGGCUGGUGGCCUACGGACUCUUCACCCUCUGCGAGAACAGCAUGAUCCUCUCUGCUGCCAUCUUCAUCACCCUGUUAGGCCUGCUUGGUUACCUCCAUUUUGUGAAGAUUGAUCAGGAGACCUUGUUAAUCAUUGAUUCUCUUGGCAUCCAAAUGACUUCGUCCUAUGCUUCAGGCAAAGAAAGUACCACCUUCAUAGAGAUGGGCAAGGUCAAGGAUGUUGUCAUUAAUGAGGCUAUUUACAUGCAAAAGGUGAUUUACUACCUCUGCAUUUUAUUGAAGGACCCAGUGGAACCACAUAGAAUAUCUCAAGUAGUACCUGUCUUCCAGAGUGCUAAGCCCCGGCUGGACUGCUUGAUUGAAGUGUACAGGAGCUGCCAGGAGAUUUUGGCACACCAGAAAGCCACAGCAACACACCCAUGAAUUCCAGCAUUCAGAAAGCCAUUACUGUCUUCAUGGAAGUUUGUGUGUUCAUCAAGUGAACAGUCCUAGGAACCAGAAUGGAUGCACUGGAUCUCACAGCCAUAGAACAGGUGACUAGAAUUUGAUUCAAAUUAUUUCUGUGGAUGACAGUGUUCCUCUUGUAAGGUUUUGCCUACUUCACUAAUUGAGGGGAUCCCUUAAGAAUUUUGACAUGAGGUGUCAAAAGUAAUGUCAGCAAAGAGCAUUUUGUGAAAUUCCUAAGCACAUUUAACUUUGUGUUAAAAUUUGUGGAGAAAGACAUUGGCAAACUGGUAUAAUUUCCACCUGCAGAAUAUCUCUAUAUAAAAGUAAAGAGGAAAAUAGUUAAACUCUUCAGGUACCGGUUAGCAGGAAUAAGCAGCCUACAAAAGACUAGUAUCUGUCCAUGCAGCUCUUGUUCUCUGUACAGGCUUAAUUUAUGAUGACUCUUUUUAUUAAUAAACAGACAAAAACAUACACAAUAAUUGC